AUGGGCUAUAUCUAUAUCUAUAUCUAUAUCUAUAUUUACAUUAGGGUUAGGGUUAGGGUUAGGGUUAGGGUUAGGGUUAGGGUUAGGGUUAGGGUUAGGGUUACGGGUAGAGAGGUUAGGGUUAGGGUUAGGGUUAGGGUUAGGGUUAGCGUUAAAGGGAGGGCACGGUAUAUUUAG